AUGAUUCUUUCCGAUACCUUGAGCCGACUUCCUAAUCCCAAGGAAGCACGCGAUGUUCCGCUAGAUGUCAGAGUGGAAUCCAUCUGCUCUGAAGCCGAAGAUUCGCACCAGAUUGACUUGAUAUACUUCGGACAACACAAGAGAACAGUGCUUCAGAGAGAAACAGUUCUCAGAUCACUAUGGCAAAUAGUCACUCAGGAAUGGCCUGAGACCAUCCAAGAAUUGCCGACAUCCCUUCGUCAAUUUUGGUCUUACAGAGAUGAAAUCGGAGUAUCACACGGAGUACUCUUCAAGGGAAGUCAAGUCAUCAUACCGAAGACACUAAGGAAUGACAUCCUUAGACAGCUUCACCUAGGACACAUGGGAAUCGAAAGCACGAGGCGACUUGCUCGUGAGACAGUGUUCUGGCCAAACAUCAACAAGGACAUUGAUCAGUUGAUAAAGCAGUGUGAAACAUGCCAGAAACACCAAGCAAGACAGCAGAAAGAGCCACUGCAUCCCCAUGAUGUACCACCAGCACCAUGGACCAGACUGGGAACCGACUUGUUCAUGCUCAAUAGACAAGAGUAUCUACUCGUUACUGAUUACUAUUCCAAGUAUCCGAUCAUUGCUAAGCUAACCGAUACAUCCAGUGCAACUAUAGCAAGAGGGAUGACGGGAAUCUUCAGUCUGUUCAGUCCACCAGAAGAGAUUGUGUCCGACAACGGUCCACAAUUUGUCGGGAAACCAUUCCAAGACAUGUGCAAGAAAUGGAAUAUCAAGCACAUCACUUCUUCACCGCACUAUCCAAGAUCCAACGGAUUAGCUGAGAGAAUGGUUCGUACAAUCAAUAAUCUGUUGACAAAGUGUUCUCAAACUAGCCAAGACAGUCAACUAGCCAUGAUGCACCUGAGAGCAACACCAGUUGACAAUAACUUGAGAUCACCAGCAGAGAUGUUGUUCGGAAGACCCAUCAGAACCACAUUUCCAAGUCACUAUCUUUCGAGAGAUUCUGCUGCUACCGAGUUUCUCUUGAAUAGGCAAGACAAAAUGAAGGAAGUGCAUGAUCGACAUGCGAGUUCUGAUUUGCCACCACAGCAUGUAGGACAGCCAGUGAGGGUUCUGCAUCCAAGAGACCACACUUGGAUACCAGCCAAGGUAUCCAAGGUCUGUGAAGAACCUCGAUCCUACGAAGUUUCAACGCCGAACGGAGGAAUCUUGAGAAGAAAUAGAUCUCACUUGAGGGAAGUUCCAUUCACCAACCCAACUCCGAAGCGUGUGAGGUUUGACGAAGACCACACCACAGAAACUCAACCAGAGGAAGACAACGUCCAACGAACACCAAUGUCCAACUCUAACGCUAAUCAAUCUCAACAGACAUACUCACAAACUACGAGAUCUGGACGCACUAUUCGCAAACCAGAGAGAUUCAUGUUUGAAGAUUGA